UUUGUCAUAUGAUAUCUUCUUCAUUUCUCAUUUCAGCUUGUUAUCAACUUAACUUCUGUCUUAAUUAUAAUAAAAUCUCUGAUUUUUUCCUAUGUUUCUAACUUUCUUCAGGUUUCAGUUGCCUUGAAGCUCAAGCAUUUUCCCGUGUAAAGAUAAAUAAAAGACCCAGUUUUGCAGUUGUACCAAUCCAAUCAAAUAUGUUGAAUUUCUGUGGCUCUUAUUCAUUUAUCCGGGUUUUGUUUUCCUUUGUCUCUUGGUUAUUUGGAGGACUGAAAGGUGCAGAGGAAAAACCUACGACUGACAACAAUGAUCCUACGAUUGACAACAAUGAUCCUCAGAUCAAGCAUGAUGUUUUUGUUAGCUUCAGAGGCAAGGAUGUCCAUCGCGGCUUUCUUAGCCAUUUGACUGAAGCUUUUCAAAGGAGAAACAUAGAUGCCUUUGUAGCUGAUAACAAUCUAGAGAAGGGAGAAGAAAUAUGGCCAUCACUUGUUGAAGCAAUUGAAGGAUCAUCCAUUUCAUUGGUCAUAUUCUCACAAAACUAUGCUUCUUCUCGUUGGUGUUUAGAAGAACUCGUGACAAUACUUGAAUGUAGAGAGAAAUAUGGAACUUAUGUUUUACCUGUUUUCUACUAUGUAGAACCCACAUAUGUACGACAUCAAUCCGAGGUGCAACGCUGGAGACGUGCUUUGAAUUUGGCUUCUUGUUUAGCGGGAAUUAACUCAUCAAAAUUUUCGGGUGAUGCUGAACUAGUUAAGGAAAUUGUCAAUGAAGUGCUCAAGAGAUUGGUUAAACAGUCAAUUAACACAAAAGGGCUCGUUGGAAUUGAUGAAAAAAUUGCAGCUAUAGAAUCACUGAUGACAGAGGAGCCAAAGCAAACCAGACUUAUUGGAAUUUGGGGUAUGGGAGGUAUUGGCAAGACAACUCUUGCAGAAGAAGUAUUUAAUAAACUACAAUCUGAAUAUGAAGGUUCCUAUUUUGCAGCCAGUGAAACAGAUCGAUCAAACAAACACGAGCUAAUUUCCUUGAAGGAAAAAAUGUUUUCUAAGCUAUUAGGAUAUGAUGUCAAAAUCGAUACACCAAAUUCAUUGCCCAAAGGUAUUGUCAGGAGAAUUGGUUGUAUGAAGGUUCUUAUUGUUCUUGAUGGUGUGAAUGAGUCCGAACAGCUGGAAAAACUGCUGGGAACUCUCGAUAAUUUUGGAUCAGGUAGUAGAAUAAUUGUAACAACUAGAGAUGAACAAGUGCUGAGGGCUAACAAAGCAGAUAAGAUAUACCAGCUUAAAGAAUUCAAUUUUGACAAAGCCCUUGAACUUUUCCAUUUGAAUGCCUUUAAAACAAAUGAUCGUGUGCAGGAAUACAAAGAGCUUUCUAAAAGGGUGGUUGAUUAUGCCCAAGGCAUUCCAUUGGUUGUGAAAGUUUUGGCUGGUCUUCUUCAUGGAAAAAAUAAGGAAGAAUGGGAAAGUAUGUUGGGAAAGCUUAAGAAAAUGCCUCCUAAAAAAGUUUAUAAAGUAAUGAAACUGAGUUAUGAUAGUCUAGAUCGCAAAGGGAAACAAAUAUUUCUUGAUCUUGCAUGUUUCUUUCUCAGAACUCAUGUAGCUGUGAAUGUGGAUUAUCUGAAGUCUUUAUUGAAAGAUGAUGACAGUGAUAAUUCUGUGGCUUUUGAGUUGGGAAGGUUGAAAGACAAAGCUCUCAUAACUAUAUCUGAUGAUAAUACUGUAUCUAUACAUGAUAGUUUACAAGAAAUGGCGUGGGAGAUUGUUCGCCAAGAGUCUGUUGAGCACCCUGGAAAUCGCAGUCGGUUGUGGGAACUAAAUGACAUUUGUGAAGCAUUGAAAAAUGACAAGGUUAAAGAGGCUAUUAGAAGUAUAAGAAUUCACUUGCCAACAAUUAAGGAGCAAAAGUUAGUGCCUCAAAUUCUGGAAAUUAAUAUGAGCAAACUGGAAGUUUUUGUAUGUGGUCGCUAUGAUGAACUUACUCUUCUUAAAGGGCCACAAUUUUUGGCAACUGAGCUAAGAUUUCUUUCUUGGUAUCAAUACCCUCUGAAAUCAUUGCCAGAGAAUUUUUCUGCAGAGAAACUUGUAAUAUUGAAGUUGAGAAAUGGAAGAAUGGAAAAACUUUGGGAUGGAGUGAAGAAUAUGGUGAAUUUAAAACAAGUUGACCUUAGUCGAUCACAAAAUUUAAAGAAGCUACCAGAUCUAUCAAAAGCCACAAAUCUAGAAGUCCUUCUUCUUAUGAGUUGUUCUUCGUUGACUAGUGUUCAUCCAUCUAUUUACUCUCUGCCCAAACUUGUGAAAUUGGACCUUCUUUGUUGCACAUCUCUCACCACACUCGGUAGCAGCAAUUUUAAUCAACUGCUACACCUUGACAUAAGCUUUUGCAGCAAGCUUCGAACUAUUCCAAAGCUUCCCCUAUCACUUGAAACUCUGAAUGCCAGAGAAUGCCAAUCUUUGAAGACUAUAUUGUUUCCUUCACCGGCUGUCGAACAAUUAAAGGAGAACAGGAAAGGCAUUCUGUUCUGGAAAUGCACGAACUUGGAUAAUCAGACUCUGGAGGCUAUUGGGUUGAAUGUUCGAAUGAAUGUGAUGAAUUAUGCAAACCAGAACAUAUCCACACCAUGUCACAAUCAUGUUGAACAUUGUGAUGAUGACAAUUGUGAUUCUUAUUCAGGUGUUUAUGUGUAUCCAGGAAUUAGAGUUCCAAAGUGGUUGGAAUAUAAGACAAGAAAGGAUUCUAUAAUUAUUGAUCUCUCUUCUGCUCCACCUUCCCUUCUCAUUGGCUUUAUUUUCUGCUUUGUUCUUGGUAAGUACAAUAACACAGAUGUUGAUAGAUUUGAAGUGAUGAUCACUAUUGAUGGCGAGGACGAAGGUAAAAAUAUCAGUGUUCCGAUUUACAUAGAUUAUGGCUAUGAGAAAACUGAAUCAGAUCACGUGUGUGUGAUGUAUGAACAAAGAUGUUCUACCUUCUUAAACAACAGAGCCAAAAACCAAACAAGGUUUAAAAUCCAGGUUACAGUGGAAGAAGCACUCUCACACAAGUUUUUGAAAGGAUUUGGCGUUAGCCUUAUAAACCGCUCAACAUAUAAAAAAUUCAUUCAGGAAAUGCAAUUGCGAGAGUCACAGUAUCAAUUUCGUUAAACAAAUGAAAUUUGGCUGUGCUUCAUGUUGAUCCAGGUGUUCCUUCCUUUGAUAUCCCAUGAUUUUUUUUAAUCUUAUAUGGGUUUGGUGUAUCUUAGUGUAUGAGAAAUUUACAGUUAGCAAUUUUAGUUUCUUAUGUCUCAUAUGUAAGUUAAACAAUCUAAUAGUAGUAAGU